AUGGAACCUGCCGGCAAGAGGCGCAAGCUUGCCCCAAAGCUCAAUGCCUCUGCGUCCUCUCCUCCAGACCCUCACUCUGCGCCCCAUCAUCAUAAGCUCCCUCAUCCAUCUCACAUAGUUCCUGAUGCGCCGCACCACAGCCAGCGACAAGAGUUUGAAGCUUACGCCCGUCAUUUGCACGAUGCCGCCAUUCUCAUCGGUCGUCAAGCAUCGCAGCCCACUACCUCUUACACAGACGUUUCGGUACUGCUCUUGGGUUGGCAGGAUGACUCGGCCGCCAUCGAAAACAUUCGCGCCCUACAACAAGUUUUGGUCACCGACUACCGCUAUCAUACGCAAACAUGGCAGAUUCCAACCGUCGCAAACCCAACCGUAAAACUCAGCAUGCAGAUGGCCUCAUGGCCAGCUUUACUGGGCUUGCUCUCCUCAUGA